UACACCCCUGGCUGCUUCACUUUUUAAAGACAGGAUCUUGUUAUGUUGCUCAUAAACAUGAUCCUCAGGAUCCUCCUAUCUCAGCCUCCCAAAUACUGGGGUUUCAGGUGUGUACCACCCCACCUGGCCAAGUUUUAGAUUUUAAUGAUGUUCAGUUUAUCUAUUUUUUCCUUUGGUCACUUGGGGUUUUGGUGUCAUAUCUGAGAAACCAUUGUAUAAUCCAAGGUCACAAACGUGACUAUAUUUUCUUGUAGGAGUUUUAGGUUUAGAUUUUACAUGUAGGGCUUUGAUCCAUUUUGAGUUAAUUUUUGUAUAUGAUGUGAGGUAGGGUCUAACUCAGUUCUUCUGCAGUGUGGAUUUUAAUGACAAGGAAAGAAAGCAGCACUUCUCUCCCCAGCCAACUCUGAGAUAGGGAAUUCAGGGGUCAGAGCAGCCUAUGUCUGCUCUCUCCCUGGAUAACUCCACCCUAUCUUCUGGUCCCACAGGCACAGACUGCAUCUCAGAACCUCUAGAGCAGCAGUUUUCAAGCUCUGGAAUGGAAUCCGGUGGAGAAUUCUAGCACACCAAUUUGGAACAGGAUCCCUAAGAGUGGACUUAGAGAUAGAGCCAAGUUUAUCUCCUAGCCCAGCUCCUUCCUAACAGCUUAUUCUAAGCCAGUCAUUUAAACUUUCUGUGCCCCAGUCUCUUGUAAGCUGGAGGGUGAUGAUCAGGGGCCCUUUUGAAGCCUGCAUGAGACUGUGCAAUGAAGGAAGGUCUACAGCCAAUAUCCUAAGGGAAGACAUCUGUGAAGUAUCAGCAAGAGCUAGGGCUCAGGGGCCCCUAUCUCCUGAUCCAGACAGAACUGACUCUGUGCCUUUGCCCACAGGUCCAAAUUUUGGCCAGAGGAAGCCAGUGCUCUAGGUGUGGAGCUAAGGCAUUCCUGUGUUCCAGUUCAGGCUCCCUCCCAAGGAGAUAAAUGGUAUCACUGCAGCACUGGCUGAAGAACUCUUUGAAAAAGGAGAACAGCUCCUGGGGGCUGGUGAGGUCUUUGCUAUCAGACCCCUGCAACUCUAUGCAGUCACCGAGCAGCUGUCACAGGGAAAGCCUACGUGCGCCAGUGGGGAUGCCAAGACUGACCUUGGGCACAUCCUGGACUUCACCUGUCGCCUUAAAUACCUUAAGGUUUCUGGCACAGAAGGACCUUUUGGGACCAGCAACAUUCAGGAGCAGCUCCUGCCGUUUGAUCUGUCAAUAUUCAAGUCUCUUCAUCAGGUGGAGAUAAGUCAUUGUGAUGCUAAGCACAUCCAAGGGCUGGUCACCUCAAAGCCCACCUUAGCCACAAUGAGCGUCCGCUUCUCAGCAACCUCAAUGAAGGAAGUCCUUGUUCCUGAAGCCUCGGAAUUUGAUGAGUGGGAGCCUGAAGGCACAGCCCUUGAAGGCACUGUGACUGCUGUCAUCCCCACAUGGCAAGCUUUGACCACUCUCGACCUGAGCCACAACAGCAUCUCCAAGAUCGACGAGUCUGUGAAACUGAUCCCAAAGAUUGAGUUCUUGGACCUGAGUCAUAAUGGCGUGCUGGUUGUGGACAACCUGCAGCACCUGUACAACCUUGUGCACCUUGACCUGUCCUACAACAAGCUCUCCUCCUUGGAAGGCAUUCACACCAAACUGGGGAACAUCAAGACCUUAAACCUAGCAGGCAACCUCCUAGAGAGCCUGAUUGGCCUGCACAAGCUCUACUCUCUGCUCAACCUGGACCUCAGCAACAACAGAAUUGAGCAGAUGGAGGAGAUCAGGAGCAUUGGCAGCCUCCCAUGUCUGGAGCACGUGACCCUGCUGAACAACCCUGUGAGCAUCAUUCCUGACUACCGGACCAAAGUUCUUGCUCAGUUCGGGGAGCGGGCCUCUGAGGUCUGCCUGGAUAAUACAGCAACCACAGAGAAGGAGCUGGAUACCGUGGAAGUUCUGAAAGCAAUUCAGAAAGCCAAGGAUGUCAAGUCCAAACUGACUAACCCAGAGAAGAAGGUUGGUGAGGAUUCCCGGCUCUUAGCUGCCCCUUGUGCCAGACCCAGUGGAUCCCCUCUCACUGCAGCUCCCACCUCUGCCUCUCUGCCCCAGCCCAUCCUCUCCAACCAAGGGAUCAUGUUCGUGCAGGAGGAGGCCUUGGCCAGCAGCCUCUCAUCCACAGACAGUCUGACUCCUGAGGACCGGCCCAUUGCCCGGGGCUGCUCUGACUCCUUGGAGUCCAUCCCUGCAGGACAGGCAGCCUCUGAUGACUUAAGAGACGUGCCGGGAGCUGUUGGUGGUGCAAGUCCAGAGCAUGCAGAGCCGGAAGUGCAGGUGGUACCUGGGUCUGGCCAGAUCAUCUUUCUGCCCUUUACUUGCAUUGGCUACACGGCCACCAACCAGGACUUCAUCCAGCGCCUGAGCACAUUGAUCCGCCAGGCCAUCGAGCGGCAACUGCCUGCCUGGAUUGAGGCCGCCAACCAACGGGAAGAGGGCCAGGGGGAGGAAGGCGAGGAGGAGGAAGAUGACGAGGAUGAGGAAGAUGUCACUGAGAACCGCUACUUUGAAAUGGGACCUCCAGAUGCAGAUGCAGAGGAAGAGGAAGGCAAUGGCCAGGGGGAGGAAGAGGAUGAGGAGGAGGAGGAAGAUGAGGAGGCCGAGGAAGAGCGCCUGGCGCUGGAGUGGGCCCUGGGCGCAGACGAGGACUUCCUGCUGGAGCACAUCCGCAUUCUCAAGGUGUUGUGGUGCUUCCUGAUCCAUGUGCAGGGCAGCAUCCGCCAGUUUGCCGCCUGCCUGGUGCUCACUGACUUCGGCAUUGCAGUCUUUGAGAUCCCGCACCAGGAGUCCCGAGGUAGUAGCCAGCAUAUCCUGUCGUCCCUGCGCUUUGUCUUCUGCUUCCCACACGGCGAUCUCACUGAGUUUGGCUUCCUCAUGCCGGAGCUGUGUCUGGUGCUCAAGGUGCGGCACAGUGAGAACACUCUCUUCAUCAUCUCGGACGCUGCCAACCUGCACGAAUUCCACGCUGACCUGCGCUCCUGCUUCGCCCCACAGCACAUGGCCAUGCUAUGCAGCCCCAUCCUCUAUGGCAGCCACACCAGCCUGCAGGAGUUUCUGCGCCAGCUGCUCACCUUCUACAAGGUAGCUGGCGGCUGCCAGGAGCGCAGCCAGGGCUGCUUCCCUGUCUACCUGGUCUACAGUGACAAGCGCAUGGUACAGACAGCUGCCGGGGACUACUCAGGCAACAUCGAGUGGGCCAGCUGCACGCUCUGCUCGGCUGUGCGGCGCUCUUGCUGUGCACCCUCCGAGGCUGUCAAGUCUGCCGCCAUUCCCUACUGGCUGCUGCUCACACCCCAGCACCUCAACGUCAUCAAGGCUGAUUUCAACCCCAUGCCCAACCGUGGCACCCACAACUGCCGCAACCGCAACAGCUUCAAGCUCAGCCGGGUGCCACUCUCCACCGUGCUGCUGGACCCCACACGCAGCUGUACCCAGCCACGGGGUGCUUUUGCUGACGGCCAUGUGCUUGAGCUGCUCGUUGGGUACCGCUUUGUCACUGCUAUCUUUGUGCUGCCUCACGAGAAGUUCCACUUCCUGCGCAUCUACAAUCAAUUGCGGGCCUCACUGCAAGACCUGAAGACUGUGGUCAUUGCCAAGACCCCUGCAACUGGGCCCAGGUCCCAGAGCCCUCUCAUGGAUGGCCAGCCAGCUGAGGGCAGGGACAGUGAUGACCAAAAUCCCCAUGAGGCCCCAGCAGAGGCUCCAUCUCCAGCCCUGGCUCCAGUGGUGGUUCCAGCUCCAGGCCCAGCAGAGACCCCAGCUCCAGCCCUGGAUCCAGCUCCAGCUUCAGCUCCAGCUCCAGCUCCAACCCUGGCUCCUGCUCCAGCUUUGGGCCCAGAGGAAGCCCCAAUAGAGAUCCUGCCUCAAGCACCAGCAGAGGCCCUGGUACAAGCUGAGGCCCCUGCUCAAUACCCAAGUGAGCAUCUGGUCCAGUCCACCUCAGAGGAGAAUCAGAUCCCCUCACACUUGCCCGUCUGCCCGUCACUCCGGCACAUCGCCAGCCUGCAGGGGAGCGCCAUCAUUGAGCUCUUCCACAGCAGCAUUGCUGAGGUUGAAAAUGAGGAACUAAGACACCUCUUGUGGUCAUCAGUGGUGUUCUACCAGACCCCAGGACUGGAGGUGACUGCCUGCGUGCUGCUCUCCACCAAGGCUGUAUAUUUCGUGCUGCAUGAUGGCCUCCGCCGCUACUUCUCAGAGCCACUGCAGGAUUUCUGGCAUCAGAAAAACACUGACUAUAACAACAGUCCCUUCCACAUCUCCCAGUGCUUUGUACUCAAACUCAGCGACCUGCAGUCAGUUAACGUUGGCCUUUUUGACCAGUACUUCCGGCUGACAGGCUCCUCCCCAACGCAGGUGGUCACAUGCUUGACGCGCGAUAGCUACCUGACACACUGCUUCCUUCAGCACCUCAUGCUUGUGCUGUCCUCACUGGAGCGCACACCCUCGCCGGAGCCUGUUGACAAAGACUUCUACUCAGAGUUUGGGAACAAGAGCACAGGGAAGAUGGAGAACUAUGAGCUGAUUCACUCAAGCAGGGUCAAGUUCACCUACCCUAGCGAGGAGGAGGUUGGGGACCUGACAUACAUUGUGGCACAGAAGACUGCUGACCCAGAGAAGGCUCUGGCCCUCAGCAUCCUGCUGUAUGUACAGGCCUUCCAGGUGGACCCACCACCACCUGGGCGCUGCAGGGGUCCGCUGCGCCCCAAGACACUCCUGCUCACCAGUGCUGAGAUCUUUCUCCUGGAUGAGGACUAUAUCCACUACCCACUGCCUGAGUUUGCCAAAGAACCACCUCAGAGGGACAGGUACCGACUUGAUGAUGGCCGCCGCGUCCGGGACCUGGACCGUGUGCUCAUGGGCUACCAGCCCUACCCACAGGCCCUCACCCUCAUAUUUGAUGAUGUACAAGGCCAUGACGUCAUGGGCAAUGUCACCCUGGACCACUUUGGGGAGGUGCCAGGUGGCCCUGCCAGAGCCGGCCAGGGCCGUGAGGUCCAGUGGCAAGUAUUUGUCCCCAGUGCUGAGAGCCGAGAAAAACUCAUCUCACUGUUGGCCCGCCAGUGGGAGGCCCUGUGUGGCCGGGAGCUGCCUGUUGAGCUCACUGGCUAGUGCAAGCCACAGCCAGCCCUGCUGCCUGCUAUGUCUGGCGUGGUGCCUGUUCAGAGCAGGGAAGCAGCCUUUCUUUGUUCUUUUAAAAGUGUUUUCUCCCCUCCCUUUGGUAUCUUAACUUGACUGUCCCUACAGAGAAUGUGAACAUGUGUGUUCGGUUAAUUCUUUCCAAUGCUGGGAGGGAGAGUGCCGGCCCCCUGCAGGGUGUCCAUGUGCCAUCUGCCUCCUGUGGUGUAUUGCCUAGGCCCUGGAGUGGGAGGCCAGGCACACCAGUAUCCUGUCUGUUGUUGUGGUGCCAUUGUUAACAUGUGGCGCUGUGGAUCUGAUCAACUGUACACGUCCUUCUUGAAGUGUCAAGUCCAGUCCUUUGUUGCUGUUGCUGUUGCUGUUGUUGUGGGCAUUUGCUGCUAAUCACAAAGCUGGUAGCAGAAUGCAUGUGGGAAGCCCCCACCCCAUGCGCCUUUCCAAAGUGGAGGCCUCCCCUGGUCCAGACAAGUCGGGGAGCCCAGUGAGGAGUCCCAGGCCUUGGGGCUGAGAGGGGCUGGGUGAAGGGGACCUAGAUCUGUCAGCACCAAGCGUAAUUCCUGCUGCCUAUUUUCUCCAUUCCAAUAAAGCAAAGUUUGGCACAGUCUGGUCUUCUAGGGCA